CUUGAAGGUUCCAAAUUCAUAAAGCUUCAAUGAAAUUCAACAUGUGGAGGCUACCAUUAAGGUCUUUUGAGCCUCUUAUUUUCAUCACCAUCAGUAGAUAGUCUAUUGUUGGAAAUAAGUGAAGCUCACACACUAGCAGAAACCAGAAUGGUCACUCAAAUCGUUAAAGCCGAAGCUUUGAUGAAUGGAUUUGACAAGGCUAACCUGUUUGCGUUUUUGCCUAUGAGAACUAAGUGGUAUGGAAAACCUUUGUUGGGUUGGAUGCAAAGCCGAUUCAUGACUACGAGUAAGCGUGUCCAAGACAGGAGCAGCAAAAAGAGAGUGCACGAUCUGGAGAUAGUGACAGAGAAGUGGAAAAUAGUGUCGAAGGUGAUGGCAGUUAUGGAAGUCUUGAAGCAGGAGGUGGAGAUGGUAAUCCCUCUGAGAAAUCUUGAACAAUACAGGAACCGGAUCAAUCUACCUAAACCCCAUAAAAUAUCUGAUUUUCUUUCGAAAUCUCCUAAGCUUUUCGAAUUAUAUAAGGAUCAAAGGGGAGUGUUAUGGUGUGGGAUGACGAAAGAAGCGGAGGAUUUACUGGAAGAACAGGAAAGGUUAAUUGAGGAGCAUUCUGAUAAAGCUGCGGAGUAUGUUACUAGGUGUCUGAUGAUGUCUGUUGACAAACAACUUCGGGUCGAUAAGAUUGCACAUUUCAGGAGAGAUUUUGGUUUGCCUAUGGAUUUUAGGACCAAAUGGGUGCAUAAAUAUUCCAAACUAUUCAGAGUUGUUAAAUCUGGAGGUGGAGAGGAGUAUUUGAAACUUGUAUCCUGGAAACCUGCUUGGGAAAUCACAGAGUUAGAGAAGAGGAUAUUAGGGGCAACUGAAAUAAGUGUGCAUGAACCAGGAUUGCUUUCAUUGCCAUUUCCAUUGAAGUUUCCUCCUAAUUACAAGAAGCUGGUGUAUAGAUAUGGAGGGAAAAUUGACCACUUCCAGAAAAGGUCUUAUAUAUCACCAUAUGCAGAUGCUAGAGGACUCACAGCUGGGUCCCUGGAAUUUGAUAAGAGGGCUGUUGCCAUUAUGCAUGAAUUGCUCAGUUUUACCAUUGAGAAGAGAUUGGUUACUGAUCAUCUUACCCACUUCCGAAGAGAGUUUGUGAUGCCACAAAAAUUGAUGAGACUUCUUUUGAAGCAUUUUGGGAUUUUCUAUGUAUCUGAGAGGGGGAAGAGGUUUAGUGUGUUCUUGAAUGAAGCUUACGAAGGCCAAGAGCUGAUUGAGAAAGGCGCUUUGGUUGUUUGGAAGGAAAAACUCCUGAGCCUUGUUGGUUACAGAGGAAAGAAAAAGAAGAUUGAAACUUCCAGUGAUUUAUCAGACAUUGAGUAUGACAAUUUUAUUGACAAUGAUUCUGAGAAAGAAUGCAUGAGCAUGCAACUGGAGUGUGAGGAGACAAUGGGUGAUAUAGAGGGUGCUUUACUUGUGGACAAUGAUGAGAUGGAGGUUGGAGAGCUUGGUAGUGCAUACAAGGAUAGUGAUACAUCUUGAGCUUCUUCAAAUUCAACAUCAUCAUCCGGGGGAGUAGAAUCUUCCUCAGUAUUGAUAUCACAUUGGAUAUCAACAAAAGGAUUUGGAAAAAUGUCCAGUUGCAAUGUUUUUCCCACAACAAUUGCCAUUUCUUCAUAUAUCUCAAUUUUUUUGGGAAUACCUUGAAGAUUUCCCUCACAAGAGGCUUCCAAAGAUGUGGGAAGAGUUGCUGAUUGAGAUGGGCUAAUUAUCUUAUACGUGAUAUGAAGAUAGGAGAAUUCAGUAUAGAGGAGAAGCAAAUGUUCAUUCAACUUCAUGCUUCUCUAGGCAACAGAAUUGUUGCCCAAAUCGUUAAUGCUGAAGCUUUGAUGAAUGGAUUUAGCGAGGCUAACGUGUUUGCGUUUUUGCCUAUGAGAACUAAGUGGUAUGGAAAACCUUUGCUGGGUUGGACACAAAGCUGAUUCAUGACUACGAGUAAGCGUGUCCAAGACAGGAGCAGCAAAAAGAGAGUGCACGAUCUGGAGAUAGUGACAGAGAAGUGGAAAAUAGUGUCGAAGGUGAUGGCAGUUAUGGAAGUCUUGAAGUGGGAGGUUGAUAUGGUAAUCGCUUUGAGAAAUCUUGAACAAUACAGGAACCGGAUCAAUCUACCUAAGCCCCAUAAAAUAUCUGUUUUUCUUUCGAAAUCUCCUAAGCUUUUUGAAUUAUAUAAGGAUCAAAGGGGAGUGUUAUGGUGUGGGAUGACGAAAGAAGCAGAGGAUUUACUGGAAGAACAGGAAAGGUUAAUUGAGGAGCAUUCUGAUAAAGCUGUGGAGUAUGUUAAUAGGUGUCUGAUGAUGUCUGUUGACAAACAGCUUCGGGUGGAUGAGAUUGCACAUUUCAGGAGAGAUUUUGGCUUGCCUAUGGGUUUUAGGACCAAAUGGGUGCAUAAAUAUCUCAAACUAUUCAGAGUUGUUAAAUCUGUAGAUGGAGAGGAGUAUUUGAAACUUGUAUCCUGGAAACCUGCUUGGGCAAUCAUAGAGUAAGAGAAGAAGAUAUUAGGGGCAACUGAAAUAAGUGUGCAUGAACCAGGAUUGCUUUCAUUGCCAUUUCUAUUGAAGUUUCCUCCUAAUUACAAGAAGCUGGUGUAUAAAUAUGGAGGGAAAAUUGACCACUUCCAGAAAAGGUUUUAUAUAUCACCAUAUGCAGAUGCUAGAGGAAUCACAGCUGGGUCCCUGGAAUUUGAUAAGAGGGCUGUUGCCAUUAUUCAUGAAUUGCUCAGUUUUACCAUUGAGAAGAGAUUGGUUACUGCUCAUCUUACCCACUUUCGAAGAGAAUUUGUGAUGCCACAAAAAUUGAUGAGACUUUUUUAGAAGCAUUUUGGGAUUUUCUAUGUAUGGGGAAGAGGUUUAGUGUGUUCUUGAAUGAAGCUUAUGAAGGCCAAGAGCUGAUUGAGAAAGGCCCUUUGGUUGUUUGGAAGGAAGAGCUCCUGAGCCUUGUUGGUUACAGAGGAAAGAAAAAGAAGAUUGAAAAUUUCAGUGAUUUAUCAGACAUGGAGUAUGCCAAUUUAUUGACAAUGAUUCUGAGAAAGAAUGCAUGAGCAUGCAAUUGGAGUGUGAGGAGACAAUGGGUGAUAUAGAGGAUGCUUUACUUGUGGACAGUGAUGAGAUGGAGGUUGGAGAGCUUGGUAGUGCAUACAAGGAUAGUGAUACAUCUUGAGGUAAGGAACUUUGUCUUUCUAGUUUGUUGAUGGUCCUCCAUAAGCUUCAUCCUUUUAUUUUAGUUGGUGAAUGCAAUUAGACUACGUUGGUCCCAUUAGAUAGAUGCUUAGAACUUUUUUUUACGCACACACUUGAUUCUAUCUUUUUGUGCUAAUUACUUUAUGAUUGUAACUGUGAGCUGAUAUGCAUGCAGAUCCAGUAAUCGAGAAACUACAUGCAUUGUAUCAUUGAUCACUAAUCAUGUAAAUGAUUUUUUUAGUUUAGAAAGACAUAACAGGCAUUUUAUGUAAUAAAUAUAUAACAAUUAGAGGCAAUUUGGCCCUUUGAAAUGUCUUACCACUGGAUGACUAAAGACCUACUGCUAGAAAACAAAGUCUAGCGUACUUGUUGUGAACUUUCUGUAACUAUUUUAUCCAUUGAAGUUGAAAUUGUAUAAACCAUAGUUACCAGAUU